CCGAGCAUGACUGCGACCUCAGACGGGCGGAGAGGGAAGGAGAACGGGGCUUUACUCAAGUGAAGAUGAAACUUACAGGUGGACCAUCAAUCAGGUGGACUGGGACAAUAUGAGGAGAAUGCUGAGAGAUGUUGUAGGGAAGAGAAGACACUGCCCCUUCAAGGGACAAAAUGAGGCCCAUCGCGUCUCGUACAAGCGGUUCAAGAGGCGGAUCAUCCAGAGGAGCGGCAGCGAGGGUCCAGCUGCGAGUACACCGCUGGCCACGUGGCAGCAGUGUGAGCCCAGCUUUGAGCUCGACACGGUCCGCCAGAGACUGGAGCUGGAUUCUCCACCGAGACACCGUGAACCAGCACGGAGAGGCCCGCACCGAGAGUCAGAGAACACACCACGCACCUUCACUGCCGAGGGACGGCCCGCCACAGAAAAUGCCCCAGAACAGGGAUGGGUGUGGAGAGCUGCGGUUCCAGAAGGUGGAGGUGCACUACCUGCCGAUUCUGAUGAGAGAAGACAUGCUCUGCAGCCGUUUGCUCUCUUGGACAAAACUUCCAUGAGUCAGCGGGGAAAGUCGGUGAUGAAGUUGGCGGCACCGUCGCUGCUGAACGACUACUGUAAGAGACUGUGGGACGUUGAACACAAACGGAACAUGAGGCGUCUGCCGUCACACCUGUCUGUGGUCAGAGGGCUUUCCUGGAAGCAGCAGUUACUCAGCAGCGGCUCUGCUCUCGGACGCAUCCAUCACCUUGACCCUCGGGCUCCUGAGCCUCUGGUGGGCGCCGUAGUCCAGGAGGAGGAGGUCUGCGGCCUCCAGUGGUCACCGGGAGGCGACUGGCUGGCCAGCGGCUCCACAGAAGGCCUUCUCCGUAUUUGGGGCGGUGACAUCGCUGGGGUCACAUGGUCACGUCAGCCAAUCACCACGAUGAGACAGCCCAGCUCUGUUAAGGCAAUGGGUUGGUGUCCAUGGCAGAGAAAGAUGAUCGCCACAGGAGGCGGAUGGAACGAUGGAGAGCUGAGAGUCUGGGACACAGAUUCGGGGACUUGUGUGACUUCUGCCAACACACAUUCUCAGAUUUGUUCUCUGCGCUGGGCCGAGAAGAACAAAUGUCUGGUCACAAGUCACGGACUUCCUCAUCACCAAGUCAACUGCUGGUCCUGGGAGUUCCCCUCCCUCAGCCCCAUCUACCAGCUGUCAGGUCAUUCUCACCGAGUCCUGCACUUGGCCGUAAACCCUGACGGCACUCAGAUUUUCUCAGCUGGAGCAGACCAGCAGUUUCACAUCUGGGACGUGUAAUUGCACAACAUCACUGAAGGUGGACGAUGAAUGUCGGAGACCUGUGUGAAACCUGUGUCCACACAUACAAGAAGCUCUCUUUUCUUGGUAAUGUCAUUGUGUGGAGAAUGCACAUUUCCUGUCCCCUGCUCUGAGCUCACCACAGUAAGAAGCUAACAAACCACAGUCAAACUUAUUGUCACUCUAAGAUAGUUAAUUUCAAGGUAAAGUGACACAUUAAGAAGUUCCUUAAAUUAUACACAAUAUAUUCCUUUUAUUUCGUUUUUAGCUACGGAUAAGUUUCUUUUUUUUUUGUGAUUGAAAUAUGCAUAACAGGGCAUUCAUGUGAGGAAAGUACAGGAAAUACUUCCAAUGGACUGAGUGGCUCAGUCUAUGGCAUCAACAUAAAAAGACUGCAGGGAGGUUGUGUGUGAAGAAUAGUAAUAAUGGUAAUAAUGAUUUAAUUUCUACAGAACCUUUCAAGCAAGAAGCAGAAAGUGCUUUCCUGUGCAGGGAGACAGCAUAAAAAGAAAAUCACGCCUUUAAAAUCAACAGUAUUAGACAUAUAAAACCAUCCAAAAUGACGUAAACAAAUAAGUCUGGUCAGACAAGAAGGCGCCAAGAAAGCGUAAUCCACCACAAAUGUGUUUUAUGGUUUGAAGGCAUGGUUUUCAAAGCCGAGACAGUGACCGAAGACUAACUGGAGGAUUGUUUCAAAGCCAAGAACGGCCUUAGCUCGUUCGUCUCUUGAAUUGAAGGGUGGCGACCCUCAACGUGGCGACAGCUGAGCCGGCAUCUACCAGCUAGCGGUGAUAACGGUGCAAACUGCGGCAAAAGUGCUGACAGAGCUAACGGUGUUUACCUGAGGGGGAUCGGGAGAGUUGGGUGCUCCACUUCCGCGACCCGACCGACGGCCUUGUUGGCUGUAACCGCGGAUUAAGCGCCAUGCAGAGUGGCGGACACGACCUAGCCAGCGGGGCACGCUCACAUGCCACUAACGUGCAUUAAAGGCAUGCACGGCCAGCCCCGGCUAUGUCAACAAAUCAAGGAGAAACUCGGAUUACAACCCACACAGAGGGAGAGCAACUUCGUUAUCUGCUCAGUUAGACAUUACCUCACUACAUCUUUACAUAGCUAAUACUUGUUUGCUGCAAUCUGAAUACUCUGAAUCCUGUAUAUUGCACCUUUAACCUAAUUUAAGCAGCCUCUCUGGACAGUAAAUAGUCACAAAUACACCCUUUAAAGCCUUGUAUAUGAUGAUGUAUUACAUAACCAGUGCAAAGGGGCUCCGGGGAACUUCUAAUGCAAUUUCUCAUGCACAAUGCUACUUGUGUAACUUGUAAAAAUGAUGUUAAUGUUUCGUUCCAUGUAUAUUAUCCUUCCAUGUAUAUUAUCCUUUAUUAUCGACAAACAUGUGAGGUCUGUCACCACAAGCAUCUAAUUCUCAAAGACUACACCACAACACUGAAGUUCAGCAAAGACACACAUGCAAUGGUGAGUAGAUGCAGAGUCAUGAAUGUGAAAUAUAUAGAAUAGAAAACACAAAAUAGAAAACUUCGAGAUACAUUAUCCCUCCAACAGAACUGUACAGUGUCUAUUCUGUCUAAAACUGACUUUAUGCUCCAAAGGUCUUAAGUCCCAGGUCUUUUGUUGUUCAGUGAUUUAUGGACAAGUUGAAAUCCCUCUUCUAAUUCUGAAUUUCUUAGUGUUUAAACUACCUGCUUGUCACAAUCAGGCUUUGCCUUGGGUGUUUUGUGUGUAGUUUUCUGUAGCUCCUCACUUCCUUCACC